AUGGAAAGCUACUACAUUAUCAGUAAUAUUAAAUAUAGAAAUGAGGAUCUUAACUCUUUAAAAACAACAGUACUAAUAUCAUUAAUGUGUUUCUUACCAUAAUCUUAACAACUAUUAGAAGAAUACUUUUAUCCUAAAGAUGAUAAAUUAUAAUUAUAAUUAAGUUAAAGACCUAAAAUUGCUAAGGAAUAUUUUCGUAUUCGCUCGAAAAAUGAAUUCAACCCAAUUAAUUUUGAUUAAAAUAUUUCCAUAGAUAUCAAUUAAUUAAUACGUCUUAUAGCAUCUAAUUAGGAUAGAUAAAUCCUACUUUAAGAGGUAAGUUUGUUUAAUAAAAAAGUUUGGAAAUUAAGAAUGAAUGCCAUGCCUACUAUUGGUAUAUGCAUUAUUAGCAAUGAAAUUAAACAAAAAUUUAUGAAUAAAACAUUAAUUAAUAUGAUUAAAAAGAAUUGUAUGGAUUAGAGUGAUUAAAAUCUUUAAACUAUUCAUUUAUUAUUUAUGAAUCAUCUAAAAUUUAAAAAAAUUGAUAAUGUGGGACCUUAUGAUUUACCUCAUUCAGUCAUUUUCAAGAAUGAAAUGUAAAAUAUAAUAAAAGAUAUAAUAGAUUUUAGUCAAAUAAACGCAAAGUUAUUAGAUCUUAAGCUCAAUCAAUUAAAUUUAUAAAAAAUAAUUAAUGAAAUAACAGACUAAUUUAAAUUUCCAUUUUAAUUUUAAGUAAAUAGGUACCUUUUUGUACGACUCCAUUAAAAAACAACAACUACAAGAUUAAUAAUAAUAAUAAUUAAAAUUAUCAUUCACUGGAUUAAUUCUUUUGUGUUGUAAUACUAUUUUAAGCGUCGAUGAUGAAGUUUUUAAUUAAAAAUCAUUAUAAUUGCUUUUAGGUUAGCAAGGCAUCAAUUUUGAUAUUGUAAGAAUAUUUUUAUGUUAUGUUAGUUAUUUAAUGGUAGAUAAGCAAUAGAGAAAGUAUAAAAUCCCACUAAAUGUUUUUCAUCUUGUGUUGGAUAGAAGAUGAUAUUGAUGGAUUGCUAAAGGCCAAUAAUGGAUGGGUGGAAAACAACUUAGAAACUUAGAGAAAUGAUGCAAAAUUAGCAGAUACCUAAAGUUCCUAUUAUAAGCCUCACUGCUUUUACUAGGAAUGAGGAUGUGGAGUAUAUACUUCAUAAACCAUUAUAUAUAUAAAUAAGUUUAAUAUCUCUUAACUGA